GAGAAGAGAAGAGAACCAAUGGACGACGUAGCUCAGUUGAGAGCUCGAGGUAGUCUAGCUAUAUGGUUUCUUGUGUCCUGUGCGCACAGGAUGAGUACGAGCAAUACGAAAUGAGCCGACGUCGGUAGACUGGGACCAAUUUGCCAUAUCAAGCAUAUUGUCCUGAAAUCCCCAGCCUACGCAAGCUUUGUCUGAUCGCCAUCAUGGAUACAUUUAACUCUCUACUUUCGCGACAAAAUGUUAUCAUGACAGUGGAGAUGCAUACAUCAGGGGAGCCAACGCGAAUCGUCAUCUCCGGCUACCCACCUCUGCUUGGGACUACCCUCCUUGAAAAACGGCGCUACGCAAAGGAGCACCACGAUAACAUCCGACGACGGCUGAUGCUAGAACCCCGUGGGCACGCAGGGAUGUAUGGUGCCAUCCUCGUGCAGGAAACUGAGCUCACGAGAAGCGGCGAGGCAGAUAUUGGGGUCCUCUUUUGUCAUAAUGAGGGCUAUUCGACAAUGUGUGGCCAUGCAACGAUCGCACUGGGCCGUUUCCUCGUCGAUACGCGCGACUUGGAAAUGUUUCCUCGUCGUGACACGCUUAGAACAGUGAAUGGCACAACAGAACUGAGGAUCCACGCGCCCUGUGGGGUGAUACGUGUCAGUGUCCCCUUCAACUCCAAUGAGGUCACCUUCCUAGGCGCACCGAGUUUUGUGAGUAAGCGUGGGUUAUUGGUAGACAUCCCUCUGAAUGAGCGAGGGUGUAUAUCGAGAGAACAAGUGACAGUAGAUGUCGCGUAUGGAGGGGCAUUCUACGCGCUCGUCUCUGUGCAACAGCUUGGUGUAAAGGAUAAUAUCGCUGAGGCAGCGGCGGCAAUCGAGAGACUCGUCAACUUGAAGGCCACACAAGAGGAGAUAAUCAAGCACCCGACGGAACGCGAUCUCGAAUUCUUGUACGGAGUAAUUGUCACUGACAAGACGCAGGGGGGGCCGAGAGGAGAGUUGGGACUGUGUUUUUUUGCAGGUGGGCAAGUCGAUCGGAGCCCAACAGGGUCAGGCGUAAUGGCCAGGGUAGCCUUGGCUGUCGAGGAGGGGUGGUUAGGCAUCGGGACGGAUGAGUGGUGGAGAUAUGAGUCAGUGGUCAGUUUGCAGAAGGAUACGCUGGGCUUUCAAGGGUCUGCAAUGGAACUGCGGGAAGAGGGGAUCGUGGUUAAGGUUAAAGGCAAGGCGAACUAUACUGGAGCCAGUGCCUUCGUGUGUGAGGAGCAAGAUCCGCUGAAGGACGGCUUUGUCUUGAGUUUUCCUGAGUAGAUGCAAGGGAUGAAAUGGUCGAGUAAUGGUAGCGAUAGCAUUGGCAAUUAGAUCGAAUGGUCAGUCUCGCGAUGUUCAGCAAACAAAGAGCCUCGACUGAUUUCUGCAACAAAACAAAUCUUGGUUCUCCAGAGAACGAGUGUGUAAUUACACUUCAUCUUAAUACGUCCCCGUUUCACUCGUACCUUCCCCCAUGAUAGCGACUCCAGAAGAGCUAUGCAUG